GUCAGCCAGAGAACCAAUACGCAGAAUGAAGAGUAGUCCCUCCGCCAAAAGACCGCGCAUUGACCGCCUAUUGUUUGAGACAUAGCUGUGUACGUCCUACUUCAUAUACAAUUAUUUGGAGACCUAUGCUAAGGAUAACCCCAUCCACGACGGAGUAACUACGUUUCUAUAGCGUAACGUCCGCUCAAAGCCAUGGGCCCCAAGAUGGUGAAAGAUCCGAAGAAGCCAAGGGGCAAAAUGUCCUCAUAUGCUUACUUUGUUCAGACGUGCCGUGAGGAGCACAAGAAGAAGCACCCUGAAGCGAGUGUCAACUUUUCAGAGUUCUCCAAGAAAUGUUCUGAACGUUGGAAGACGAUGUCCCCCAAGGAGAAAGGGAAGUUUGAGGAUCGGGCCAAACUAGACAAGGUCCGCUAUGAGAAGGAGAUGAGGACCUACAUUCCCCCCAAGGGCCAGAAGAAGAAGCGCUUCAAGGACCCCAAUGCCCCCAAGAGACCCCCGUCCGCCUUCUUCCUCUUCUGCGCCGACUUCCGGCAAAAGGUGAAGACCGAUACUCCCGGUCUCUCCAUCGGAGACACUGCCAAGAAGCUUGGGGAGAUGUGGAACAACUCCUCACCCGAGGACAAGCAGCCCUAUGAAAAGAAGGCGUCCAAGCUGAAGGAGAAGUACGACAAGGACAUGAUUGCCUACCGUACCAAGGGGAAGGUCGAGGUCGCUGCCGCGGCUCCACCACCCGAGGAUGAUGACGAUGACGAUGAUGAUGAGGGCGAUGAUGACGACGAUGAUGAUGAUGACGAUGAGUAGAAUGCAUUGGUAGUACGAGCUAGACUUUUGCUCAUGCCAUAUUACCCCAACCCACCAUCCCAAUGUACUCCGUUCACAUUCAGGAAGGAAAGUGACUGAACAAGAACAUGUGUAUAUUUAAUGUUUUUAAGAUGUACAGUGUUAUGCUCCUUUUUUUUUUUUUGUAAAGUUAACACUACAUAUCUUCGGUUUGAUCAUUUCCUAGUGGUAGUUCUUUAUUCCAGCCAUAUCUAACAAUUUAGAGAGGACGAUGAAAUUUAAAUGGAAACUAAGUAGUCUGUAGACGUUAAACUUGCAACUCAAAAAUGAAAUUUUUGGGUUGGUCGUUUAUUUUUUAUUUGUGCUUUAAAGAAUAUUUUUUCAUGUGUUGUCAAAAUGUCUUUAUUGUUCUUUGAAUACCACUCUAAUAAAGGUCUUUUUUUAAGAAAUUA